CAAGUUUCGGUUGUUUGCUGUUGCGGCGGCGGUUGUAUUUGUGGUUGUGGUUGUGGUGUGGUGGAACGUUACAGCAAUCUCUCCUUCUCUCUCUUGUUUUUAUUGUUGGAAGUUGACAACUAUUUCGUUGGAAAUCUAACGUAAGGUCAAGAUGAGUUGUGAAAUGCAAAUGGACAAAGAAAAAGAGCAAGAGCGCUGUCCUGGAAGCAGCAAUCCUCUUGAACAAUUCGUUGUACUUGCUAAAUCAGCUCGUGGUGCAGCUGCAGUAGAGUUAGUGAAACAAGUUCUUGAAGCUCCAGGAGUUCAUGUGUUUGGAGAACUUCUCGAUACUGACAGUAUCAAAGAGCUUGCCAAUGGCCCUCAUUCAAUGUACUUUGAGCUGUUGAGGCUGUUUGCUUAUGGGACCUUUCGAGAAUACAUUGAUGUCAAAGAUAAAUUGCCAGAGCUAACACCAGUCAUGAAAAAGAAGUUGCAGCAUCUUACCAUUGUUAGUCUGGCUACUAAAAUGAAGUGUAUUCCAUAUUCUGUUCUCUUGCAAGAAUUAGACAUUAAAAAUGUUCGUGAUUUGGAAGAUCUGAUAAUAGAAGCAAUAUACUCAGAUAUCAUUCAUGGCAAAUUAGACCAGCGCAAUAGUCAGCUUGAGCUUGAUUAUGCUAUUGGAAGAGACACACAGCCCGGUGAUUUGGCUCAUAUCAGCUCAACUCUCCAGGCAUGGUGUGAUGCCUGUGAGGCUGUUCUUGUUUGUGUUGAAUCCCAGAUACAGAAGGCAAAUUCCCAGAAAAAUAAAUCCUUGAAACACAAAGAAGCCAUAGAACAAGAGGUAGCAAACAUUAAAAAGACCUUAAAAACUCAGACUCAAGAUUCAGAUGAAGCUAUGAAUACAGACAUGAGAGAAGCAUCUGGCCAUGGAAGUCAUUCAUCAGACAAAUCUAAAAAGGGAUUUAGGGUUAAAAAUUUGCGCAGCAGCAGUGCUAAAUUUUGGCAAAAGUCUUAAAGUACUGAAUAUGAAUAAGUGAUAUUUCAUGUGAUUUUUAAAAAAUCAUUGAGCUAUGGGUAUGCAAGGUUUUUUUUUUUACUUUUUUUAAAAUUUGCAAGUACAGAAAUGUUUUUCUGAUACCUUCUCUGCUCAAGUCAAUAACUUUCUUAUUGUGAAUAUUUGUGUCCUGACUGUGACUUAUUUUAAGAAAGGAUGUGUAAUUAUGUAAAAUAUUUUGAAUGUAUCUUAUAUCUGUGUACUACUACUAGCAAGGCUCCGUCCGAAUUCUCAUUCAGUCCUUUCCAUUCCAUUUCCUUUCAUGUCUUUUCUAGGUGAGGGGGUGGUGAAACAGAUACGAAAGGAAACAGAAUGGACCGGACUUAUGAGAAUUCGGAUGGAGUCUAAGUGUACUUUAUUUCUCCAGUUGCUAACAGAAAUUAAAUGUUCUAAUAAUAGAA